AUGCAUGCACGUCAGACCUUCCCAGUGAAAGUGCUGCUCGGCCGCUUAGAGCAGGGGGGUGCAGCUCCAUGGUCCAGCUUUUUGCCAGACCACUUGCGUCCCAAAGAGGUGAGCGCGAAAGUCUUCCACGAAAGUGCUUCGUCUGUGAAGGCCAAAGCAGAACCAAAGCCUCGAAGAGGUGACUAUACACCCGUCGGCAUCUCUGUCUUUGGCCGAGUUUGGGAGUAUUCCCAGGAUGCUGCAGGCUGUCGAGAGGUUCAACUUGCAAUUGAGAUGGCAGAUGAAGAGAAUCGCUUGAGAAUAGUUGCAGAACUUCAUGAUCAUGUUUGGGAUGCCGCGUGCUGCCCACAUGCCAAUCAUGUUUUGCAGAAAUGCAUUCUGGUAAUGCAUCACAGCAAUGUGCAGUUCAUUGUGGACGUUCUGGUGCGUCAGCAGCUAGUGUCGCAAGCAGCCAGGCACAAGUAUGCUUGCAGGAUUGUGCAGCGCCUGAUUGAGAGAUGUCCAGCAGAACAGACAACACAUGUUUUGCAGGCUUUGAUCAGAGAUGCGCAGCUGAUUUCUUGCCAUGCCUAUGGAAAUUAUGUGAUGCAACAUGUCCUUCAGCACAGUUCAGACUCAGUACAAGAAGAAUUGUGCGGAGUCCUGGAGGAGACAAGGGGUGAGGCGAGCUCCGACGUGUAUGGGGCGGCAGUCGUGAGUUGCGCAAUGAGCACAGCCAGACAUCCGUGCCGAGUUGCGUUAGCACGUGCCAUCUUAAAAGAGCCAUCUGUGCUCGUCCGCCUGGCGUGUAGUCGCCAUGGACAUGGUGCUGCUCGAGAUGUCUUACAAGUUCUCGAAGGAACCGACAGGACUCAAGCUCUACGGAUUCUUCACCAACAUCAAAAUAGACUGCAGCGGUGCAGCAGCUUGCCUUUAACUGAUUUGCAAGACAAGACCUGA